AACAUCCUGUGGGUCAGAUGAGUUAAACAGAACAAUAACAUUAGCUGCAUUUGAAGCAGAAAAUGAAAUGCUAGUUAAAGAGCUCUCACAGGAUGCAGACCAUUCUACCAGCAAAGCUCAUGACAAUACUUUGGCUGAUAAUUCAUGCAGGCAGGAAGAGAUCGUGAGCAUUUUCAGUUCUGAAUCACUGCAAGACAAAAAUUUGUAUUUACAACCUGCUUUUCCUAAUGAAAUGAAUAUAUCAGCUCAACCAGGUGAAUUCAGUACAUCACAUACCCUCUGUUUUGACACACUUUCAAAUCCAAGUUAUCAGAGCUUAUCUUCCAUGGAUGUGCCCCCCAGUAAUGAAAACAUUUCACUGAGUGGUGAUGCAGGAAGUUCCCAAAGUGAAUUAAAGCAUCAAAGUGUUUCCAUGCAGAAAUCUUCAUCUGCAUCAUCAGCAAGAGAUGAGGAUGACCCCAAAAUUAAUGUAGAUUUUAAAGGAAAAACCAUAUUCCUAGGUCCCAUGAUACAGCUACCGUUAAAGGACUACAGAGUGCAAGAGGCACAGACAGCUUUGGAUCAGAACAUGGGCAAGGUAGUGCAGAGAACAAGGGUAAUAAUGACAGCAGGAGGGAGUUUUUGGAACAUUUGAGUCAUUUACUUGAGAACAGGCAAUCAUCUGUGAGCAGGAGCAGUAUUUUUUAUGACCGAAAAAAGAAAACUUCUUCUGAAGUGACUGCACGUAAACAUGGUCUCAAGGUAGACAAACAGAAAUCACCUCAAAGGUUUACUGAACAUCACAAAACUGUUACAUGGAGUCACCUGGUGACAGAUCCUGCAUCGCAAGAUAGGCAUCCAUAUGCAGACUUCAAAGCAGAUGUUGAUGUGCUGUCAAAGGAUGGACACUCGAUAAGAGAUGGCUGAGUCUGAUGCCAGGUCAGAUAUAGACCAGUCACCUGAUUUUCUUACAGAAAGUCAUAAGGAUGGCAAGGAAGGACAAUCAUUGAAGCUGAAGCCAGGUAUGAGCCCAUUCAUGAGCCGGUCUCUGAGCCAGCCAGUAUCGACAGUGAGCAGCCAUCCAGCAUCUGGGGUUAGUGGACAAGAAGGUAAAGCCACACACCGAGGGCGUUAUGGAGCUAUGUUCUUCCACAAGCCAGAGAAGCCAGAGGCAGAAGGCACAGGGCGCCUUCAAUCUCUGAUCUCCAAGUAUCGCAGUCAUAGCACAGAUGGCAGGGAGGAGACUAGCGACAGUGCUGAAGGAGGAGCAAGGCAGAGAGUAAGUUCUGCCCCACCCACACUCCAUAUCAGCAUGGCCAAAGGUCAAGGAUGGAGUGCUGUGGCACCUAAAGCACCACCAUUGCGCCCAGAAAAGAGCUUAUCCCCAGAGGUGGCAGGAAAUUUCCUCCACCGCCUCCUCCCAAACCUGGAAAGCAGUCUUCUCUACAGGGAGGUUCCCAGUUGGGCAGCAGAAGUAGGAACCAGUGGAGACAGAGCAAACCCUUUGCUUGACUCUCAGGAACGGAAUGACAUUAAUGCUCUAAUUCAAAAGCAGCCAGUCAGCACAGCUACCAAACCCCUGCUUUCCGUGCACCCCCCCAAAAUCACGAGUAAGGUAAUUGCAGACCUUCUUCGAACCAAAAAGUUGUCUUGAUUGGUUCUGGUGUGUGCUGCCAUGUUCUGCUGUGCUGUGCCAUUUGAGCUGUUGCCAGUACCUCAAAGUUCUUGAAAUGUAGUUGGAGCACAUCACUUACUUACCAGGAUUUAUUUCACAGCACCUCCUAUAAUCUUGUAUAUUAUAUAUUGUUUAGAAAUGUUGUCAGAGAUGUUAUGGUGAAUAGCAAUGCCAAGUAAGUUGUAUAUAAAGGUAACAUUGUUACAUUUGAAGAUGGCAGCUGUACUUGUUUUUAAGUUACAACUGUUAUCUUCUAGAGUGUUUCACAGAGAAGUCACAUUAAAGGUACAUAAAGUAUAACUAUAGAAAGCUUCCAUUAGCACAAAUGAGCUGUUUGACCAUAAAUAUGGACUGUAAGUAAAAAGACAGGUUUAUUGUGGAUACUAGAUUGAAAAUAUGCACGUCUUGUCAUACUUUACCUAGCUGUUGCAAUACUUCUGCCAAAGAACUUGAACAUUAUUUUACCUUGUAUACUUUUAAUUUUGCAUGAUUUUGAUCUGAUCCAUUCUAACUUUUCUGGAUGCAUGGUUCCUAAAAUGGCUUACAGUGAAAAGGUAAAAAAUAUUAUGCAGAGAGUUAAGCACAGUGUCAAUAGAAUGACUGGUCUCAUCACAAUGAAGAACAAUUUAAUGCAGUGGUCAUACUUAAUUGCAUAACUUCUUAAUUAUUUCUAUAUUUUAUUUGCAUAUUUUAAUGUAUUGUUCUGGUUGCCUGACUUGCCUCUUUUUUUUUUUUUUUUAGAUCUUUCAUGCUGACAUGAUUGACUUUGAUAUUGUUUACCAUCCAUUUUCCUCACUGCUUAUUUCCUUUUUAUUCUUUAUUUAUAUCAGUUUUUAUUAAAGUUGCUGCAAGAGCACUAGCAUAUGAAAUGUGAAACUUGCGCUGUACACAAUACGCGUUUCCAUUACUUGUGUCUGAUGUUUAAAAUAAGCUAUUUUUGGUUCUGUGAUAAUUUUUAUGAUUUUAUACCAUUUAAAGCAUUAUGUAUAUGACAAAGCACGGUAUUGUUUAACCAUAUACAAUAUUUUUAAUAUAAUUCUUUUUGUACAAUCUUGAGACUUGUUUCUAGAGACGAACAGAUGUCAUUUGUCAUCUGAAAAGAUAGACUCCAGUGUGUGAUAAUGAAAAUAUAACUUGCAACAAAAGUUGAAGUAUUUACAAACUAAUGGUGAUAGCUCUCGCCAUUUUUAAUAAUGCAUGCUGUCAAUGAGAAUACUUCUUUGUUAAUGUACUCAUUAGCAGAGUAUUUGAAGACAUGAUAAAUCUGAUUAGUGUACAUUUCAUGCAUUAUACAUUUGAAAAACCAUAAGCUAUGGUUAACUGUCUUUUUGCAUGAGAGCAGACAUUGUAGAAACAUUAUUUUUAGUUUAAUAUUUAGUAUAAUUUCAAAUAGUUAAGUAUUUUCUAGUGUAAUCUUAGUAAUUUUAGCUGGCAAAUUUGGUUUGAAAGAAAGGUUAUAUUAGAAUAGUCUUCUUUUAAGUUUUUGGAUUUUGCAUGUCUAGUGUUAUAAUUUUAUAAGUGAGCAGGUGGUUUUGCAUACAUUUUUUAGGAUUGCUUAGCCCUUUAUCUGUGCAUGGAAUAUGUUGACAAAAGGAUGCCACUUUUUUUGACUCCUGUGGAAGCUAUUGUGCACAGGUAAAAUACAUCUGAGAGGUACAGUUUUAAGGACAAAAGUGGUGGCCUGUUUAACUGUGAUACUUUGUGCUCAGUAAAGCCCCUCGCCCCAAGAAUAUAAUGACCUUUAAAAGCAUCUUUAUUUUUACACCUGCUUUCUAAUUUCUAUGUUUCAUACAUAAUUAUUCAAAUAUAUUUCUUAUAAAA